UUCAACACGUGCGGUUUCUUGGACAUAUUUGUGAAAUUUUUGAACUUGCGGUGGACCGAAAUUUCGCCAGCUUAGAAAGCUUUUGCAAUAUAAAAAGAACAAACUUUUAUAAUUAUUACUUACUGCAGGCUCUGCAAUGAACGACGAACAGCAUAAGUACAGCGACGCCGAGGAAGACGAAGAAGACCUGCGAAAUUCCGAAUGGGUAAACGAUUUCAAGACCCUCACAGUGAAGGACGAGAUAUUUAAGGACAUAAAGCUAACGCCUAAGGAUGCCAGCGAUGACCUGGCGCAAGUUAUAGAAGCCUCGAACGAUGAGGAGGAAGCGGAAGACGAUGAGGCAGAGGAUUAUGAUGAGGAUGACUACGACGACGUGGGCGAUGACUACGAUACGUAUGAGGAGGCUUACACUGGCUUCAACAAGGUCCAUGUCCAGCCACAGCUGACAAACGCCGGCGGAGGUGCUUCUGGCGGAGGAUCUGGAGGAGGAUCUGGUGGCACACAACGUUUAAGCAGCUACCAGCCCAAUGAAAAGCUGCUCCGGCGUUACUCCGCCCGCAUAAACGUAGAGAAGUAUGAUCCCACCACCAAUAUGAGUGCUCAAGCGGCCAACCGACUGGUGAACUUCGAUCGACGCGAGCGGACGCAGGUGCGUGACAAACACGACCGUGCCACCGCGGAGCAGGUGAUGGAUCCACGCACUCGGAUGAUACUUUUCAAACUGCUGAAUCGUGGUCUGAUACAGGAGAUCAACGGAUGCAUUUCGACCGGCAAAGAAGCAAACGUUUACCAUGCUGUUUCGAAAAAUGGCGAAGAGGAGUUUGCUAUAAAGAUCUAUAAGACGUCCAUUCUAGUCUUUAAGGAUCGCGACAAGUAUGUGUCUGGUGAGUUCCGUUUCCGUCACGGGUACUGCAAGCACAACCCACGAAAAAUGGUGCGCACUUGGGCUGAGAAAGAGAUGCGAAACUACUUGAGGAUGCGCAACGCCGGUGUUCCAGUGCCGGAGCCGAUCCUGCUACGCUCACAUGUCCUGGUCAUGCGCUUCUGUGGUCGUGACGGCUGGCCCGCCCCAAAGCUAAAGGAUGUUGAGAUAAGCACCUCGAAGGCACGCGAGUUGUACAGGGAUUGCGUGGUCAUAAUGUGGCGCAUAUACAAUCAAUGCCGUCUCGUACACGCUGAUCUUUCUGAAUUCAACAUUCUGCUGCAGGAUGGGCAGCUGGUUAUUAUCGACGUGAGCCAGUCAGUGGAACACGAUCAUCCCCAUUCCUUCGACUUCCUUCGCAAAGACUGCACUAACAUCUCAGAGUUUUUCCGCAAACGGGCGGUAGCGACGAUGACUGUGAAGGAACUGUUUGAUUUUAUUACUGACCAGACUAUCACUGCCGAAAACAUGGAGGAGUGCCUGGAGCGCAUUUCGGAGCGGAUCAAGGAUCGUGACUUUGACGCUAUAUCGGCUCAGGAGAAGAUCGACGAGGCCGUGUGGCAGAACACCUACAUUCCCAAACGGUUAGACGAGGUUCGUCACUUUGAGCGGGAUGUGGCUAAGGCCAAGCAGGGUGUGCAACAAAAUCUGAUCUACGGUAAGAUUACCGGACUAACUUCGGAUUUGGAUGUGCAACAGCAGCCAGACGUUCUGGAAUCUAAAACGGGUAAAGAUGAGGAAGGUGGUGACGCCCAGACAAGCGGCAGCGAAGACGAGGGAUCGCAGGAUAACGACAACGAAGAUGAUGGUAGCCGCUUUAAGAAUUCCGCAAGACCACGCGAGGAGUCUCCGGAUAGUAAGAAGGCGCGCAAGAAGGCCGUAAAAGAUGCGAAAGCAGAACAGCGAAAAGUUAAAGUCAAAAAGCAUGUGAAAAAACGCAAGGAGAAAAUGGGCAGCAUGAAGAAAUAGUACUAAAUCUAUUUAGUUUAGCAGUGAUUUUAAGUUAUUAUUAUUUCAUUAACAUUGUGUUAUUUACGUGCAUCGUAAAAAAUGCAAUGGUUCAAGCAAGAUUGCUAACAUGAUUUGAAUAAUUACAAUAUUGAGUAAUUGAGUUAGAAUAAUUUCUCUAUUGUAAAUACUGUACCAAUUGGCUGUGGAAUUGACACAGCAAUAAUAAUAUUAUUAAACCAACAUGUAAAAUA